UAAAACCACAGCCACGGGGUGGGAGUGACCUUUGCCUGCAGUGGAGCCAGGACCCAAGAGCCCAGGACAUGAACACCACAGAGGAGUACGAUUACGACACCUUGCACCCUGACAGGCCUGUGGACAACCCAGUGCAGAGGCUGUCCACCGGGAACGUCUGGGCCUUGGUCAUCUUGGCGGUUGUCUUUCUGGUGGGCGUGCCGGGCAAUGCCCUGGUGGUCUGGGUGACCUCGUUUGAGGCCCGGCGCAACAUCAACGCCAUCUGGUUCCUCAACCUGGCAACGGCUGACCUCCUUUCCUGCCUGGCGCUGCCUGUCCUGUUCGUGUCCAUCUUUCGCUUCAGCCACUGGGACUUCGGUGACACCGCCUGCAAAGUGCUGCCUUCGGUCAUCCUGCUCAACAUGUACGCCAGCAUCCUGCUCCUGGCCACCAUCAGCGCUGACCGCCUGGCACUGGUGCUCAACCCCAUCUGGUGCCAGCGCUUCCGGGCCGGUGGCCUGGCCUGGGCCGCCUGCAUUGUGGCCUGGGUCCUGGCGCUGCUGCUGACCAUCCCGUCCUUCGUGUACCGCAGGGUGCACAGGGAGGAGUUCUCCACCAAGGUGCUCUGUGUCAGUGACUACGGCCCACUCGGCACCCACAGAGAGAGGACUGUGGCCCUGGUGCGGCUGGUCGUGGGCUUCCUGGGGCCACUGAUCACACUCAGUGGCUGUUACACCUUCCUCCUGAUGCGGACCUGGAGCCGCAAGGCCACGCGCUCUGCCAAGACGCUCAAGGUCGUGCUGGCCGUGGUGAGCAGCUUCUUCAUCUUCUGGCUGCCCUAUCAGGUGACAGGCGUCCUGCUGGCCUGGUUCCAUCCGACCUCAUACAUCUACAAGAACACCAAGGGCCUGGACGCCCUGUGUGUCUCCAUCGCCUACGUCAAUUGCUGCAUCAACCCCAUCAUCUACAUUGUGGCCGGCUACGGUUUCCAUGGCAGGCUGGUCAAGUCCCUGCCCAGCGUCCUUCGAAACGUGUUGACUGAGGACUCACUGAACAGGGAGAGCAAGUCUUUCACGCACUCCACGGUGGACACCAUGCCCCAGAAGAGCGAAUCGGUGUGAGGGGAGGCCUCCUGGGCCACCCUGUGCUGGGCAGUGCCCCUUCCUUUCGGGGCUCUCUCUCUCUUUGGAGAUAAGGUCUCACUCUGUGGUCCAGGCUGGCCUUCAAUUCACUAUGUAACCCAGGCUCCAACUCAUGGUGAUCCUCCUGCCUCAGCCUCCUGAAUUCAGGGUCUUCUCGCUUAGCUACAUUCUCAGCCCUUUUUUAUAUUUUAUUAUAAGACAGGGUCUCACUAAGUCGCUAAGUUGCCCAGGUGGGGCUCAAACUUUUGAACUUCCUGCCUCAGCCUCCCCAGGUCUUUCUGUUCACCACAUUCUAACUCAGCGUUUGGUGAGCAGGUGUUGUUUUGUACUCUUCCCUGUCCCUUCCAUCUUCCCAGCCUGGUGCCUCCUCUUCCAAUCCUCAUUGUUGGGGACAUCCAACCUGGCUCUGCAUCCUACAUUUUUUUCCUCCAUCCUACACUUUUGCAAAACAAACAGAAAGCAGUGUCCUCCGAUUAUCUGCACACAGCUGUGUGUGUGCACAGGCCUGUGUGUGCUGGUCAAGUGUAAGUAGAAUCCAUAGGAUGCAUGUAGAGAGCACCAUUCUAGCUUUUAAAUGACAGCUCUGUGUUUAUUUUCUGGAGAGCUGGGGGAAAAAAGGAACUGGCAUCUCAAAAGUUACCUCUUUUUAGGACAAACCCCAAAAUGCAUGAACUGAUCUAAGCUUUGGUGUGUUCAUUUGAAGAAAAUCAUGAAGUUAGAAUGUUACUUGAGUUUUUUGUUUUGAUUUUUUUGGAGGCUGAGUCUUGCUAUGUUGUCCCAGCUGGCCCUGAACUCCUGGGCUUGAAGAUCCUCCUGCCUCAGCUUCCAGAGUAGCUGGGACUACAGGGACAUGUCACAAGCCUGACUCCCGUUUUUUUCUUUGAAUUGUAAUUUCAUUUUAUCCCAUCCCCCCUCUCCCCUCCUUAUGUACAAAAGCUUUGUUUCCAUUUUUUCCUUCUAUGUUCGCUUUUUUUCCCUUGUCCCUUCCUUCCUUUCUCCCUCCCUCCUCGCUUGUUCCCCUUCCCAUUGUUUGUUUGGUUUUUUUAAUAUUAAGUGAAACGCAGGACAAAGACUGAGUGAGGUGGGGGCGUCUGGGCUGGGCAGAUACGCAGCCAACAGUUAACCUCCCAAGAGUGGGAUAACAAGAGAAUUUGAGAUUUUUUUCUUUGAAAACGGCUAUUUUGUUUGUACUUUUGAAAAAAUGAACCUUAUUUGGCGGUAGUGACGGUACAAAGGGAGCCUGGACGCGCUUUCCGAACUCGGCCUGGCAUUCACAUCUGGCAGAGCUGCUUAGCGCUCCCAGCGGGAGGCGGGCAACCGCAGGACAGUUCCAGACCUCCUGUGCCCGCUCUCUCGUCCCGGGCCCGGUCCCCUCCCUGUCCCGCCCUGUGACCCCGCAACCAGGAAUCCACUGGCCUCCGCAUUUUGCCAUUUCCGGAGUGUUACUCAAUGGACUGGAACCUUCUGCGCUUGCUGUGUGCGAUGUAUGAUGGAAAUAAAAGAUAACGUGGGAA